CCUAUCUCACGCAUUAGCAUGUAAAAACAUAAGUCACGGAAAACUAAAUUAUGUCAAAAUAAGGACUACAGAAAACAGUCGGGGAAUACAGAGAAGGAUGCCUAUAGGGCAGUGCGCGUGGACAGACAAUGGGAAAACGUGUGGAAUGUGGGAAUGUCGAUGGAAGGUCUGUGUAGUUGAACAAGUUGAAGUGGAAAAGUUUGAGCAAACUUGUAGCGUUUUUCUCCAUGCAUGGAUGCUGUUCGGCAGAGGACAACAUGCUGUAAGGUCAGAAUGCAGAGCGGCUCUCUCGCCCAAUUACUCUUUAAUUCAGUCGUCUAGAUUAAAACCAAGACGAGAAAGUCUAUUUUAGUCUUUAUAAAACGACUGCCAGAAAGUAUAAUGUGGUAGUUUUCAGUGGGGAUAGACAAUACACUGCAAAUAUGUAUUAUCAAUGACAAAGGUGUGGAGAAAAUAAUACCAGAAGGACAUGAACAAUGGCAGAAAGAGAAAAGGAGAGGAAGAAUGUGUACCGAAGCGUCUCUUUUAAGAAGUUAGAAUGUUGGAGCGCCAACAAAAGUCUGGAAGGUCAACAAAACAAAUCAAAGGAUUUGGAGGCUCGCGUCGCCCUUCCCCCUCCAUCUACGGUAGAGUCUGCAGCCGAGAAUGUGCAGCCCUCGGCGACGCGUAAUGUUAGUGUGUCAAGAAAAGUUUCCAAAAUCUCUGCAGCCAGCCUCCCGACCGCAGAUCUAAAGAAAGGCUCCACUCCUCUCUCCACGAUUUCUCCCUCCAUUCGCCAGCUCUCAGAGAAAUUCAGCAGCACUAACUCAGCUCGGAGGACACACGGAGCCCCGAGAACUGGUAAAGAAGUGAACAAGAGAAGCACAACCUUGCCGCGGGUCAGAAGUAGCAGGAUAGACGUCUCUCCUGCUCGCAAAUCAUUUCAUGAGGACAGCGGACAUUUACCAGCCGUAGACGCAGAUUUAUCAGAGUCUCAAACUGACAAAGUCCAGGAGCAAAAGUUUUAUUCUGGCUCUGACUCUGUCUCCGGAUCGGAUUCGGAGAAGGACCAAAGAUGGAUUUGUUCUCGGGAAUCUACAGACGGCGGCGGAUCUGGUAAGAGAGAUUAUUCUCAAAUCGGCGUCUCUCUUUCUGAUAACUCUAAUAAGACUUUGGCUGCUGCGGAAGACGUUUUUGCCAGUGGGGCUCCAGCUUGUAAAUCACACAGGAGUUAUUACACGGCGCAUCAUGGAGAUCUCCCAGUUCAUGUUGACCUAACUAACUGGCCCAGUGUUACAAAGAUUCGAGAAAUUUUCGGGGAGAGGCUGAGAAAACAUCACAGGUCAACUUCUGACGCGGAUGACCUCAAAACUGUCGGUGCGCACAACCAAUCCGCCAGUUCCAAAGAAAGCGCCUCUAUUUCAGAUAGGAGUGACAAACAGUCUCCCUACAGUUCUGCGACAGAAACGAGCCUUCCCUUCUCCAAGAGGGGCAGGCACGGUGCACUUAGUAGACAGCGCAGAGACAGUCGAGAGGAAAGAGAGGGCAAGGAGAGGGAAGAUGAGAGGAACCGGGGAACUGACUCUUCUUUAAAACCUGACCAGCUGUGCUUGUUUGAGGCACAAUUCGAAGCUGAUAAUAGCAUUGAGAAAGUCGUUCUUAGCGUGACCCAGGUGUCACAAAUAGCAAGAGCCCAAAGUCCAAACAGUGGGGGAGAUAGUGGGAGAGAUACCUGGACGCCCAGUUUGACCUCUGACCCUAACCUCAAACCUCCUGCCCCCUCCACUGGUGCCCCCAUCAUACCUACUAGUAGCAGCUCGGUGCGCCAAGUCCUCUCCUCCUGCGCUGCCCACCCCUCACUUCCCUCCUCUUCUCCCCAGCAGCAGCAAAGGGAGAGGCAGGGGGCCUGGCUGCCCAGGGAGAGUUUACAUUCCUCACAUAGCUCUUCCAGAGCACUUGCCCCCUCCUCUCCAGAUACAGUAGAGACCAGCUCUUACAGGGCCUCCGCCAGGCCAGCCACCAGCAUUCGCUGGAAGUUCAGCUCAGGAGACGACGAGGAGGAGGAGCAGAACCCUCGAGGAGGAAGAGUAGGAGGUAGGAGUGUCUCUCAUUUGUUUAGAGGAGCAGAAAGAGGCGGAGGUUACUUCUCUCGUGGUAAGAAUGGCUGGUGGGGGAGCAAGACUCUGGGCAGGUCUUCAGGCAGCGAGGAGGACAGCCCGGCCUCUCUAGGACCCCCCGGACGAGACGCGGUGAGGCGGCGCUCUUUGAGGAAGAAGAAGAAGACAAGUGGGGCCACCUCAGCGAGCAGUCGAGAUGAUGGAGAACUGUAUGACAGCGACAGCGACGAGCAAACGCAUGUGAUGAUGGAGAAUCUGGAGAGACACCAUCAGCAGAACUUCACCGCCGCAGGAGAAUUUGUUGCAACCGUCCGUAACCAGGGAAGAGAACCGGAAUGGUCUAGAGCCCGUCCAGCAGGUGCUCAGUCACAGGAGUACAACAAGAUGGGUGCGGGGCUAGAGGGUAACAGGCGCCACUACGUUAGCACAGAGGGCACUGUGACACCAGUAGCAAGCCUACCUGGGGUGUCACGGGUGGCAAAGGUCAACAUUUCCUCAUUUAUUGCCAGCCCUGGUGGUUCGCAUUGCAGCAGCCGGUAUUCAAGCACUGAGACUCUGAAGGAGGAGGACCAGGCUAGCUAUGCUAGCAGAGCAGCUAAUGCUAGCAGAGCCUCAGUCAGCCCUACUGCUGCUUCCUACUCCAUGCUGAGUAAGACCUACCACGGUAACUUCACAAUGUAUCGCUCACCCAGCUUCGGACAUGGGGAUAACUUCUCCCGUACUCCCCUCAGGGUACGCCCCCAAAUCGUACCCCCUGUAAGCCCCUCCCACUGUAGGGAUGGAGAUGUGGCAGGGGAUGUUGCUAAGGCGGAGACUAGAGUUUUGCGACGGUCGUUAGGGGGUGAUGGAAUAAAAGACAGGAACAGGAUGUCCAUGUCCAAUCCUGAUAUUGCCUCAGAGACCAUGACACUACUCAGCUUCCUGAAGACCGACCUAUCAGAACUCAGGGUGCGUAAGCCGGAUCGGUCAGGGGCGGGAACAGGGGGGAUUGAGGGGUCAACCUCGGUGUACAGGAUGGGGUCAAGAGGUCAUGCAAGCCUAACGUCUGGACUUCGGCCGUCUCUGAAGGACCUCACUGCAACACUUCGUCGGGCCAAAUCCUUCACCUACUCCAACAAGCCCUUGGACCGGCGACAUUCAUCCAGCAUAACAGCCCAGAGGAGCUCAUCAGAACAGCAGCUGGAUGGGGAAAGCGGUGGAGGGAGGGUUUCUGUGUCUGACAGAGAGGUGGAGAGUGAUGGAGGAGACUGCAGAGUAGGACGAGCAAGGGGUUAUGGGUAUGAGGAAGUGAUGCCCACACCUUUGCAGGACAGGUAUGUUCAGGAGGCCAGACAGGUCAUUAGAGACAUCUGUCAGAUGAGUGCGCUCGAAGACGACGACGAUGAAGACGACAAUGUGCUAGGGAGAGAGAUCAAAGCGGAUAAGUGUUUUAGAAGGAAAGAAGAGGGUAAGAAAGGAUGUGUGAAAGAGGAGAGGGGAGACCGAGAGGGUGAUAUUGAUUCUGCCGUCACCCCCCUCUCCGGAGAGAUAAAAAGAAAAAGGGAUGGAGAGAUGGAGAUCGAGAGGGCCCUACUGAAAGGUGACUCAGAGGAAAACAUGUUCUAUGACAGAUCUGUGGAUGAGUUGUCAGGUCAUGAAUCCAGUUUGACAGACGAGGGUAUUGUCACAGAACCUGAAAUGGGACCAAGUGACGCCGAACGUACAUUUGUGGGGGCAUCUGGAGCUAAUUUGGGGUCAAUAAUAACCAGAGAUGUCCUAGGUCAGCCACUUACAGUUUGGAAGCAGUCAGCUCUUCAGGAAGGGGAGAUUUUGACUGCAAAUGAGGGUGGUAGAGAAAAACAAGACAAUCCGUCAGGUUCGAGCUUCAAGAACGCACUUCCUCCUCUUCCUACCCUUCGAGUAGAGAGUGACAUCAUUGCAACAGAGUGCACCAACUCCAUCACUAGCUUCAACAGCACUAGUGAAGGGAGCAAUGUAUUCCAGGGGCCCACAGCACAGGACACUCCUCCCACCCCCAGUGCCAUCCGCCGUCGCCGAAAAUUCUCGUCAGCCGGCAACACUUGCUCUGACUCCAGUAAUGGCAGCUUAGGGGAGUCAGCAAAUGCUAACAGCGAUUCUACCGUUUACCGUUCCCUCAGUGACCCCAUGCCUCACCGGCGAUGCUCAGUGUCAGAGGAAGGGAAUAACACUUUCUCGUCCGUGGAUAGUAACCUCCUUGGCUCUCUCUCGCUCUCCUCCAAAGGAGGAGUUGGAGGAGGAAACAUCCCAGAAUCCUCCUCAGCCGCCAACCUAUCGGAGUGUACAGCUAAUGCCGCCAGCGACCUGUCAGUGUGCAGCGAUGGCGGUCUCCGAGAUGACUGUCUCCGUGAAGACAGUGGUGUUCGUGACUACAGUGGGGUGAUCAGGAGUAUAGUCUCUGAACCCGGAGCAAUGGAUCGACUGAUGACAGACGAGCACAAUAAUGGGAAAGCACCGAAGAAGAAGUCCUUCAGUGACCCAAGUCGUCGCAGCAAUGCCCCAUUACUCUCCUAUACUGACCAUGAGUUUAAAGGAAAGUAUCAUCCCAAUGAGCCAAUCAGCGAGCUGGAUCAGCUUGGCCAGAUCCCACCUUCCAGUAGUGAGCCAAUCCUGAGCGAGCAGAGAGAUGAGCUGUGGGAGUUGGGGGAAGAACGGCGACAUCCAUCCCAUCAUUAUUACUAUGGAAAUCAGAAUGAAAGCAGGAAACCUCGUUCCCGAUCAGAAUGUGUGCUACCCUCCAGUUGCCAUGGUAAUGAAGUUGAUGGAGGCGGGGAGGGAGACCAAUUUAAGUUUGACCCCAAGCUAGCUGAAGUCCUUUCUCCCAGAAUGGGUCGGCGGUCUUCCAAAAAACGCCCGGCACGGAUUACCCAUACCUCCUCAGAGGUCCAGAACCCGUCAGGACCAUGUCUAGAUAAUGAAGCUCAAGAAAGGGACCAGGAUCUGGACCCAGCCAGCAUCCCUCCUCUCCCUCCUCUCCAACCCCCCAAACAUAAAACCAGAUCCAAACAUGUUCGACAUGCCAGUGAACCAGCAACCUUUAUCCCCAUCUCUCCACCACCGCACCCACGAACACCUCAAGGCGGCCCGUCGUCCCCUCUACCCCCACUAGAGCCCUCAGGACUGGGUAAGCCAGGAGGCGAGGUGGCUCCUUCCCUGGAAGAUGUUACCAAGCAAUACAUUCUGGCCCUGAAUGCUCCUGAGGGGGAGAUGGAAAAUGCUGGGCCUGGUGCUGGGAUUGGGCCAGGAACUGGUGCUGGAAUUGAGUCUGUGCCAGGAACUGGACUUGGGCAUGUGUCUGAAUCUGGUGUUGGGUCUGGCACUAGCUCUGGGUCCGCAGUGGUACCAGAUGGGUCUGCCUUGGUUCCUACUACACCGACUGAGACCAAGGAACCCAAACUCCAGAGGAAGACCAGUGAUGAGUCCCCAACCCCAGCACCUCAGAGAACCAAGCCUCGAGUGGACAUGAGGAGACAUGUCGUGAUGACCCUCCUGGACACUGAGCAGUCGUAUGUGGAGUCUCUGCGGACACUCAUCCAGGGGUACAUGAAGCCCCUGAAGCAGCCUGACAGUGGAUCCUUGGUAGAUCCCUCUCUGGUGGAUGAGAUGUUCUACCAGAUCCCUGAGAUCCUGGAGCACCACGAGCACUUCCUGGAACAGGUCUCUGGAUGCGUCAGCCAAUGGCACGACAGACAGACCGUGGGCCACAUCCUCAUUCAAUCAUUCUCCAAAGAGAUUCUGGCUAAUAUUUAUUCAGCAUACAUCGACAACUUUCUAAACGCCAAAGACGCUGUGAGAAUUGCUAAGGAGGCCAAACCAGCUUUCCACAAGUUUCUAGAGCAAAGUAUGCGUGAGAACAAGGAGAAGCAGGCUCUGGGUGACCUGAUGAUAAAGCCCGUCCAGAGGAUCCCUCGUUAUGAGCUACUGGUUAAGGACCUGUUAAAGCAUACCUCAGAGGACCAUCCAGAUCACCCGUUUCUGCUGGACGCUCAGAGGGGCAUCAAACGCCUGGCAGAGCGGAUCAAUAAGGGGCGGCGCUCUGCGGAAGAGGUGGAGCGAGAGACCAGGGUCAUGCAGGAGAUAGAGGCCCACAUAGAGGGGGUGGAGCAUAUCCUGAACCCUCAGAGGAAGUUUGUGAGACAAGAGAUGGUCAUGGAGGCGAAGACGGUGGGGGGUAAGAAGGACCGUUCUCUCUUCCUGUUCAGUGACUUGCUCAUCUGCACCACACUCAAGAGGAAGUCGGGCUCCCUGCGACGCAGCUCGAUGAGCCUCUACUCUGCUGCCAGCGUGAUUGAUACCUCCAGCAAAUACAAAUUCCUCUGGAAACUUCCUUUAGAAGACAUAGAGAUGGUGAAAAACUCCUCCCAGGCAACCAACAGAGAGAGCAUCCAGAAGAUGAUUGGGCGGCUGGACGAGGACCUGAGUACACUGGGGCAGAUCAGCAAGCUGUCUGAGACGCUUAGCUUCCCACACCAGUCGCUCGACGACGUGAUCAAGGACCUGAUGGCGUCGGUGCACAGGGAGCUGGCAGAGAAGCAGUCGCUGGCGUUCAGCAUGACCUUCCUGCCCACCAAGCUGGAGCUCACCACCGCCUCAGCGGACGGCAGCUUCGUGUUCGAGUUCUCCUCCCCGGACAUGCGCUGCAGCUUCGAGCAGGCCUUCGAGGAGGCCAAGAAGAAGCUGGCAAUGAACAAAGACCAGUGGGACCCAGAGUUCUUGAAGGCUAUCCCCAUCAUGAAGACUCGGAGUGGGAUGCAGUUCUCAUGCGCGUCCCCCAGCCACAGUUGUCCUGACAGCAGUUGCGAGGUGUGGGUGUGUAACAGUGAUGGCUAUGUUGGUCAGGUGUGUCUGCUGAACAUCAAAGACGAGCCCACAGUGGAGGCCUGCAUUGCUGUCUGCUCAGCCAGGAUCAUCUGCAUAGCAGCUGUACCUGGGCUAAAGGGGAGGGAACGGGUAGCAGAGCCCUCCUCCGCCACGCCCCAUCCCCUGGCUGACUCCGCCCCCUCCCAGCAGCAGCUGCACAUCUCCAUCUCUCAUUCGUCACUGGAGAUGGCCGAGCCCCCCUCAGGGGCGGGCCCAGAACUUGUUCCAUUUGACAGUGACGACACGGAUGAUGAAGAUUCUCCUAGUCCCUCCUCUACUCUGCAGAGCCAAGCUAGCCACUCCACCAUAUCCUCUAGCUAUGGGAACGAGGAAGGCACCGGUUCAAAGGACAUGGCCACAGAGACCACCAGCAGCGAGGAGGAGCAGGAGUACCCGGUGGCCAGCUCCUACGGAGCUCCAGGGGGGCUAGGGGGAGGCGUGGGCGGCCGGGCCCACAGCGAGAGCCCCAUGGACGGGAGAGCCAUGCGCCGUUCCUCCCGGGGCUCCUUCACCAGGGCCAGUCUGGAGGACCUGCUCAGCAUCGACCCCGAGGCCUACCAGAGCUCUGUUUGGCUGGGCACAGAAGACGGAUGUAUCCAUGUGUACCAGUCAUCGGACAACAUCCGCAACCGCAAGAACAGCAUGAAGAUGCAGCACUCUGCCUCUAUCCUGUGUAUACUGUAUUUGGACAACAAAGUGUUCGUGUCUCUGGCCAACGGGGAAGUGAUCGUGUACCAGAGAGAAGCAGGUAGCUUCUGGGACGCCCAGUCGUCCCAGACGUUGUGUCUGGGCACGCCCAGUGGUCCUGUCACCAAGAUGGUGCCCGUGGGCGGAAGGCUGUGGUGUGGAUCCCAGAACCGCGUCCUCAUCAUCAACACCAGCUCUCUGGUUCAGGAGCACUGGUUCCAGGUGGGCUCAGACAGCAGCAGGUGUGUGACCUGCAUGGUGAGCUAUGGCCAGGGCGUUUGGCUGGCGCUACAGGGCAGCGCCCAGGUCCGUCUCUACCACGCCCAGACCUGGGAGAGCCUCGUCGAGGUGGACGUGGCUCCCGCAGUGCAUAAGAUGCUUGCAGGCUCUGAUGCCAUCAUCAGGCAGCACAAAGCGGCCUGUCUGAGGAUCACCGCCCUGCUGGCCUGUAAGGACCUGCUAUGGAUCGGCACCAGCGCAGGGGUGGUCCUGACCCUGGCUAUCCCAGCAGUGAGCUUUGGUACUGGGGCAGGGACUCUGCGAUCCCCCCUGAUCCCCAUGGGCUCGGCUCACGGACACACGGGUCACGUACGGUUCCUCACCGCCAUAGAACUUCCCGAGGGCUUUGACGUCAACUUCCCCAAACCGCCCACAGAUGGCACAGGAAACCCAUCCCAUAAUGUUGACGUUGACACGAGCAACGGGGCUCUUAAGAGGAGGGAUUCUUCUCGCCGCCGAGCCUCCGCCCUCCUACCUGCGAAAACCAAUCAAUUGGUGAUCUCUGGGGGCGACGGUUAUGAGGACUUCCGUCUGACCAAUAGCAGUGAGACAGUGGGGCGGGAUGACAGCACAAACCACUUACUGCUGUGGAGGGUCUGAUCCAAUCAGACAUUUCAAGUUCAUGAUUCUUCUCCCUUCGACAGAAGAAUCGCACACAAGCCCCGCCCUCUUUAUUCUUAAGCACCUCCCCUUUUAUCUGAUUUCAUCCUUUGCUGGAUCUCUUGAUGUCUGUAUGCAUCGGGUCGCUUUAAACAACGUCCAUGUCCUAGUUUGUUUCUGGCAUGAUGAACUCUGUGCAUAUAUGUGUGUGUCGAUCUGUAUCUCUAAGUAGCGUGUGUUCGACAUGUUUGGCGUUGGAUGUAAAUCGCAGGCUCGGCACAUGCUGGUCCAUUCUCCUUGUGUUGUAACGAAACUCGACCUUUACGGAGAGAGAGAGAUGGACUGAGAGUGGAAGUGAGGAAGAGUGAGAACCUAAAUGACGGGUUACAAAGUGAGAAGACAUCCUGGAUGUACAAGACUUUGGACCCCAUGUGAUCACUCCAUCUGGGGGAGGGGAGGGGGGAAGAAAAGGAUGAGGGGAGAGGAGGAAAGGAGUGAGGAGCGGUCUUUCAACCUUGACCUUUAAACAGACAGUUAACCAUGGGUCACAUCAAACUGAGGGGUGGACUGUGGCCUCUAAGAUCAGUUUAGGCUUGCUCCAGUCAUGUUGCUUCUGCAAGCGGAUGUUACUGUGUCUGAUCCUGCAUCAGUGGCUGGGUUCAACGCCUGCCAAACUUAGAGGAGUGGUAGACAGCUGAAAAAGAAAAACAUCAACCAAUGUGCAAUAUAUGGCAAGGGUACCUACUACAACUAUAUAAACACACACAUUAUACACACAUACACACAUUUAGCUUGUUUGAAAGAUCAUAGCCAGUCUCCUCAUAGCAGGCAACCAAACACGCACACAUAAUUACACACACCUCUUUUUCACACGUUUUUUUCUUUGUGUUUCCCGUCGUUUUAACAGUUAUUUUCUUAUUUAAUGAAAUUAAACAGCAUCCCACUACUGGAGUAAAAGUGUAUUAAAACCAUUCCUCUUAAGAGCCUCUAGUUGAUCUCUGUACAGUAUUUAUGUUUUUGAUUUUAGCUUUCUCCUCUUACUGCACUUAAUUUAUAAAUGUGUCUUCUUUCUCUCCUCCUUGUUUGAGGUUUCAGAAAGAGGAACCCCCCAGUCUUCAAUAUAGAAUGAUUAAUGUGUGUCAUUUUGGCUUGAAUCCUGAUGUAACUGUUUUACAGGAAACUGUCAGAGAGAGAGAGAAGAGAGAGGGAGACUGUCAUGUAUAGCUUCACGCACAACAUCCUGUCAGAUGAAACUUGCACGGCAGCUCAGAAACCAUCUAGGAAAUUCAACAUCCAAACGUUGUAGCAUGAGGCUAACUCUCCUACUGUGAGGUAAUGAGGGAGCUAAUGGCUAAUUACAAUACCUGGUCUUAUCAUGGCCGUCUGCUGCUAGCUGUGGAUGUAUAUUUAGUUGAACCGCCCGUGUUCCUGUCAAGUGCUCUCUUCUUUAUUCAGGUAUGGAAUUCUUGUGUUAAUGUUCAAAUUCCAUUACCCGCAGACACUUGUGUCGGUCAUGUUUGGUGAACCGUGACUAGUUGAGAACCAGAGAUUCGAAUAUGUGUUUUGCCUGCUCUCUAUAUCUCAAUGGCUCUCCAAAUCUUCUGUUUUCAAAGUUCAUUGCUUUGGCACUCCAUUCUGGAUAUGAAGUAAAAACAUAAAUGUUAGGUUUCAUGGUGGCUUUCAUGCUAAUUCAAUAAUGGCCUUAUACAGAAACUGAAUUCAGCAUAGCCUGCCGUAUUAUUGCCACUGUACUGCAGAUUGACAGUUCGUGCUAGGCCUUCACCAGAUGAAUUCACUCUUCAUGCAGUAACUCUUGUAAGUAACCUUAUGCCCAUAUGUGAAAGAAGUCUUGAUUGUGUCAUGUAAAUAUUGGUAUAUAUUGCCUUUCUCUGUAAAUAGUGAGCCCACAGUCCUCAAUUGUUGAAAUUAAUCUAAUGGCAUAUUUUUAUAUACUUGUGUACCCCCCCCCCCCCUCCCCCCCGGCAUGCGCUGUCAGUCACAUUUAAAUUAUAACUGCCACAGAAAUUUCAAAAGAGAAGCAAAAUGGCCUCGUCAAUUUCCAUUCGCUAUGGUUUACUUAACAGUUCCUUCCUGUAUGUAGCUGUUUCUGUUUUGUCACUGUGGGUUGCUCUUUGUAAUUAAAUCAGUUCACUGGU